UCAUCAAUUCAACCGCGUUACCACGACUGGAUCAUCACACAAAAGUGACGUCACUCUUUCUCUUUCUCCCAUAUCAACGUCAUCCUUCGUCAGGAUGAAGACGGAGAUUCUUUUUCUUUUAAUUUGCCUCGGAGCCGUUACUGCUCUGUCAAGAAAGCAAGAAGCUGCUGAGCAGAAUCGCCGAAGGGCUUCUUUGGCGACAUUGACGAAGAAACAGCAAUCGACCACAGAGGAAUAUGAAGAUGAUGAAGAGCUCGUGGAUCAGUGUCCUGAACCUAAUGGUUAUUUUCCUGACGCGGAACAAUGCGACAAGUAUUACGACUGUCGAGACAACAAAAUAACGGAAAAACUCUGCCCGGAUGGUCUGGUCUUCAAUGAUUUCAGCCCGCAACACGAGAAGUGCGAUCUGCCGUUUGGUAUCGAUUGCUCGAAGAGGCCUAAAUUACAAAAGCCACAACCAUCGCCACACUGUCCCCGUAUGCACGGCUACUUCGCUCACGAGGACGCUAGAAAUUGCAACACCUUCUACUACUGCGUAGAGGGCAAGUUCAACAUGAUCACUUGUCCGGACGGUCUGGUGUUUUCCGAGAAAACCGGCAUUUGCAAUUGGCCGGACGAGGCGCAGAAGAAGGGUUGCGGUUCUCGCGAGCUCUUCAAUUUCACCUGCCCGAAGGUCGACGAUAGCGUGGCCGCAACGCAUCCACGUUAUCCCGACACCGAGGACUGUCAGUACUUCUACGUAUGCGUCAACGGUGAAAUACCGAGGAGAAGCGGAUGCAAGCUCGGCCAGGCGUUCGACGAGCGCACCGGGAAAUGCGACUGGGCCAGGAAGAUACCCGAAUGCAAAGACUGGUAUAAAGAUCAGCUGACUGAUGAACAACUAGACGCCUUGGAAAAUCCACCACCGAAGCCUAAACCUACUGGUGGACCAAGUAGAAGAAAAGGCAACAGGCCCACACACACAAAUUAAGAGUAGAGUAUUAUGUCCUUAGAUCAUAUUUGUAUAGGUUUUUAAGUUUUUUCACCUUUAAACGCUUCGUUGUACAAUAAACUUAUUAAACUCUUUACUAUAUAA